GCAGAGGCCUUGCGGCUGCUCUCAAUCUUCACCAGCCAAGGGGCAGAGGCCUUGGCAGAGGACGCCUUCGGCGCGGCGCGAGACCGCGAGGAGGAGGUGCCGCAGUCGAAGGAGGAGUGGGCCUUCCGCCGUGUGGCUGGAGGGCCGGAUGGUUACAG